GCCACCAAAGAAACGCUCCUACUUCCCUUCUUCGUCUUCAACCGAACCGGAAGACUACGAACAUGCGAGAUUGCGAGAGAAAAUGGGAGAAAAUUUUCACCACCACCACCAACUUCAACAGCAGCAGCAGCAGCAACCCACAACCCGCCAAAGUUCUUCAAGACUAAGCGGUUUAAGGAACAGCACUGGGGCCGGCGAGAUCGUGGAAGUCCAAGGCGGGCACAUUGUGAGGUCUACGGGGCGCAAAGACCGCCACAGCAAGGUCUGCACUGCCAAAGGCCCAAGGGACCGCCGUGUGAGGCUAUCUGCCCACACUGCCAUUCAAUUCUACGAUGUCCAAGACCGCCUUGGCUACGACCGCCCCAGUAAAGCUGUCGAUUGGCUCAUCAAGAAAGCCAAGUCUGCUAUUGAUGAGCUUGCCGAACUGCCUGCUUGGCAUCCCACAACUGGUUCAGUGGCAGCAAACACGAGUUUUGAGCAAGACCAGCAAGCCCAAAAAAGUCGAGCUGAUAAUCUUCAAAACCAGCAGCAGCAACAUUUAGGUGUCACCCACCAUGAUGAUGUGGUGGGCGCUGCUAUUGCUGCUGGCCCUUCUAGUAAAAGGGUAAUGCCAAUGUUGGGCAGUGAAAAUGCCCAACAGGGCUUGCACCAAACUGAUAGUGCUGCAAAUCCAAGUGGAAAUAGCUCGAGUUUUCUGCCUCCUUCUCUGGACUCGGACUCAAUUGCUGAUACUAUCAAGUCCUUUUUCCCAAUGGGGGCUUCUGCUGAGGCUAAUUCCUCAGCUAUGCAAUUUCAGAGCUUUCCACCUCCAGAUUUGCUCUCAAGAACCAGUAGUCACCCCCAAGAUCUGCGGCUUUCUUUGCAGUCAUUUCAAGAUCCCAUUUUGCUCCACCAUCACAACCAACAACAAGCUCAGCAUCAUCAGAACCAUCCCACAAGCCAACACCCUGAACAAGGUGAGGCCCUUUUCUCUGGAAAUACUCAACUUGGUGGGUAUGAUGCUGCAGCCUGGUCUGAACACCACCAGCAGCCUGCAGAAUUAGGCCGGUUUCAUCAGAGACUGAGUGCUUGGAAUGCCAGUGGAGACGGUGGUGGUGCAGGAGCAGGAGGAUACUUGUUCAAUUCGCAGGCGACGCCUCAGCCUUUCCUGCAGCAAUUGUUCGGCCAAAACCAGCUUUUUUCUCAGAGGGGACCCCUUCAGUCCAGUAAUACACCUUCAAUUCGUGCUUGGAUGGAUCCAUCAGCUAUAUCCAUCGCCACUGCAGAUCAUCACAUUCCACACCAUCAGGCAGUGCUGCCAAUUUAUCCAUCGUCGAUAUCUGGCAUUGGAUUUGCCCCUGGAGUAGGCGGAUUCUCAGGGUUCCGCAUUCCUGCACGAAUUCAAGGUGAAGAAGAGGAGCACGAUGGCAUAUCAGACAAGCCAUCCUCUGCUUCCUCAGAUUCUCGCCAUUGAGUUAGCUCAAAACAACUGCAAUUUCCCUCUCUUUUUGCAUUACAGGAGUUAAAUUGCAGUUGCGGUGGGCAAUCUUGGAGUUCCAAGUUUUCAGCUUUGUCGCUGCUAGAGCUUCAAAAUUGCUGCAAUUGGAGCAGAGAGAAUUCAGUGAGUUUAACUCAAUAAUGGCGCCUACCACGGGAAGAAGAAUUCUGAGUGUAGUUUCAGGUUUUUCAAUCCCGGUUUAGCAUGCUAUGUUAAAUUUGUUUAACUUCCCAGCUUUAGCUUCAUGUUUAAACGAGCUCUUGUAGCUCAACUUUGUUAAGUUAUUUGGAAUUUGCUUUGUGUCUGUUGGUUUUGUGGUGAUGCUUGCUUCAGUUUCUCUUUAUGAACUAGAAUUGCUGAAAAUGUUCCAAUGUGUUCGAUGAAUAUGUUCAUGUGACGCCUUAGAGCGAAUUUCAGAUUGCUGUUGCUGUCA